UUCAGCAACAACAACAUCCUGGUGGGUGGAGCUGGACGAGAGCUCAGGCGUCGCCACGAUGAAGUUCAAGAGCCCCCCGGUGAACAGCCUCAGCCUGGACUUCCUCACCGAGUUCUGCAUAAGCCUGGAGAAGCUGGAGAAUGACCGGGCCUGCCGGGGUGUGAUCUUCACCUCCGCUGUCCCCAAAAUCUUCUCGUCUGGCCUGGACAUCACCGAGAUGUGCGAGCACUACACGGAGUUCUGGAGAGCCGUGCAGGAGAUGUGGCUCCGGCUGUACGGCUCCAACAUGGUGACAGUCGCUGCGGUCAAUGGGUCCAGCCCGGCGGGAGGCUGUCUCGUUGCCUUGUCGUGUGACUACAGGAUCAUGGUGGAGAACCCCAAAUUCAGCAUCGGCCUCAACGAAGCCCAGCUGGGCAUUGUGGCUCCCUUCUGGUUUAAGGACACGUUUGUGAACGUUGUGGGACACCGCGUUGCUGAAAGCUCCCUCCAGCUGGGCUCCCUCCACCCCGCACCCCAGGCCCUCAAGAUUGGCCUCGUGGAUGAGCUGGUGCCCGAGGAGAAGCUCCAGGAGAAGGCUGCGGCUGUCAUGGCGCAGUGGCUGGCCCUGCCUGACCAUGCCCGACAGCUCACCAAGUCCAUGAUGAGGAAGGCGGUGCUGGAUCGCCUGCUAGCUCACCGGGAGGAAGACAUUCAGCACUUCAUCAGCUUUGUCUCAAAAGAGUCCAUCCAGAAGUCACUUCGCAUGUACAUGGAGAUGCUGAAGAAAAAGAAGAGCUGA